GCCCUAGCAGUCACAUUCUGAAUAGAAACAAAUUUUUAGGUCGCAACAAACUGUGUAAAAUUUGCCAAAAAAUGUCUACAUUUUGGUGUAUUCUUUUGCUAUUUUCACUAUUGAUCUGGAGCGCUCAAUCAGAUAAAUUUUCAUCUGAACGGCCUGGCAAUGUAACCGCAAUUACAAAUUGGAGCAUAAAGGCGAGAUCCGUGGAUCAGUGCACUCCUGGCAAGGUCCUGGUGCUGACAGUGCACAAUUUCUUCGAAACCACGGAGGAUGGGACGUUCUUCGUGAAGUUCUAUGAGCCGAACUGCAUGGGCUGCCACGACUUCGAAACUAUCUGGACUGACAUGGCCAAAUCGUUCAAGUCCAGAGGCAACCUUUGCUUUGCCGAGCUCAACUGCAAAUUGGCCAAAACCAUAUGCAACGACUAUCAACUGCGAUAUGAACCCAACCUAAUAUGGCUCGAAAAUGGAGAGGAAGUUCGGCAGUACGACGGAGACCUGACUUCCCCGGGCAUUAAAAUAUUCAUUAGGGAAAUGAUUAGGCUGAAUGAAACCAACAGAUCCGCGGCCGAAAGGCCACAUUUUCACACCAAGCCAAUUAUCCUUUUUGGAUGGUUCCUCUAUGCCAGGCGUGUGACUUCGUAUUUCACAUAAAUUGUUAUCGUAUUAAGAGCAGUCAGUGUAGUGGGCUGAAAUGAAAAAUAAAUUUAAAUAGCUGUG